AUGUCGACGCCCGCCGCGGUGUGGUACGUCGGAUGGCCGACCACGGUCAUAGGGCUCAUGCGGUCGUUUUUUCCGCUCACGGACACGUUUUGGGUGGGGAAACUCGGGAUCGUGGAGCUGAACGCGCUGUGCUCGAACGCGUUCGCGGGGUGGAUGCUGUAUCUGCUGUGCAGCGUGGUGGCGUGCGGGGUGCAGAACAGGGUGUCGAUGAAGGUUGGCGCGGAGAAAUACGAUGACGUGGGACCGGUGCUUCGAGAUGGGCUGUACGGGGCGGUGCUGACGUACGCGUUCUUGGCGUGCUUGUUGCCGUUUACGGCGGUGUACACGUCGACGCUGGGGAUCCAGAGCGGGGGGACGUUCGCGAUCGGGCAGUCGCACUUGCGGGCGUCGCUCAUAGGUUCGGUGGGACUGUGCUUCAGUAAUAUAUUAGAAGCUACGUUGCGCGGGUUUGGGUCGAUGAAACCCGCGCUGUGGGUGACGGCGUUCAUGGUCCUGUGCAACAUGGUUUUGGAUCCGUUGUUGAUUUACGGCAUGGGUCCUUUUCCGCAGCUCGGCGUCGCGGGCGCCGCGGUGGGGACGAGCCUGUCAAAUUGCAUCGGUGCGGUUAUGUUUUAUCGCAUGCUCAUCAAAGACUUCAAGGUGAAGAUUCCCAUAACGCGGCCAGACGUGAAAAUGCUCAAGGACAUAGUCGCCAUCGGCGCGCCCAUCGCGGUCGCGGGCAUCGUGUUCGCCUUGGUGUACGUCGGUCUCGGUCGAAUUCUGACCUCCCUGGACCCGAUGUCGCUCACCGCGAUGGGACUCGGACAGCAGUUUGAAAACAUCCCCUACACCGUCACGGAGGCGUUCCGCAUCGGCACGUCCACCAUCGUCGGCCAGUGGGUCGGCGCCCGCAACGCUACGCGCGCGAGAGACGCGGGUUGGAGCGCGAUUCGCAUCGCAUCCGCGGCUUUGAUACCUUUCGGUGUCGUAUUCAUCGCUUUUGCGCCGCAAUUCGUCGGGCUCUUGACCCAGAAUCCCGCCGUCGCCGCGCACGCCGUGCAGUACAUGUACUGGAACUUCCCGAUUGUCUCUUUCAUGGCGCUCGAGUGCGCCGCCGAGGGUGCGUUCACGGGCACCGGCGUCACGUAUCCCGUGCUCGUCAUCGCCAUCCUGCUCAACUUUAGCCGUCUUCCGAUCGCCGCCGCGCUGGCGCCGAUAUACGGCGUUUCCGGCGUCUGGUUCACCAUCGUCUUCACGCAAGUCAUAAAGAGUUGCCUGAAGACGAUUUGGCUCCGCAAGGUGUUCAACGAUCUCAUAAAAGAGGAGCGCGGCGCCGGCGCGGCGACCGCGUGA